AUGUCCGUGGUCAACAGCACUUCGCCCCUUGACAACAGUGGGUUCUCCUUGCAUCGCGGGUUCAGCACGAGCUCCGAGAAUUUGGGAGGCAUCGGCACACCCGGCAACUCGUCCCCGGCCCACCAGGGCUCGUUGGGCAUCGCGGGCUCCAGCUCCAGCAACAAUUCGCCACUGCAUCUCGCCACCAUGCUUAACAACCUUGCAUUGACGGGUUCGGCCUCGCAGGGAAACAGCAGCUCCUCGGGUCAGGGGCCCUUCUUGUUGAGACUGAAGAAUGUGCCGCAGGACAUUACGCUAAGGGAGUGUUAUGCGAUUUUCGCCCUUGCGCACGGUGUCAACACCGUCGAGCUCGCCAGACAACCCAGUGAUAUCAACAACUUCGACAAGAUUUGCGAGGUGGUUGCCAGAUUCGACUCUUUGCAUUUGGUGUCCCAGUAUGCCACCAUACUUGACAGCAAGCCGCACAUUUUCGGCCCCGCCUUCCCGUACAAGCCUCAAGUCGAGGUUCUCGAUGAGUUGACUCAGCAGCAUAUUCCUUUUGACAAAAGUUUAUCCCCCCGGCACCAGCUUCAUACAUUACCGCAACCCAACCUACAGCAUUCCCAAACCCUUGACCAAAGACAGCACCCGCAACCCCAGCCGCCAUCCCUGCAACAGCGGUCCCAGCAACAGCAACCACAGCAACCACAGCAACAACAGCAACAACAGCAACAACAGCAACAACAGCAACAACAACAGCAACAACAGCAACAACAACAACCAAAUGCAUUCCAACUACCCGGUUCUUCUAACGUGGUCUCGCCACCACAGUCUGCAUCCUCUGCCAAAAGACCUGGCUUGUACGGCCAGCGGUCGAGAUUUUCCUUUUCCGAUUCUUUCAACGCAGACAGCUCACAACAAUCCCAAGGUACAAACCAAGAUAUCGCCAGUGCUCCCUUCAAGUCACAAGAUGUUGGCAAAUCGUUUUUGCUUAUGGAAAACGACGAAAUCAACGAAAGCAUUUGGGGAUCAAACGGCGGUGUGCCUUCAAGCAUAAGCGGCCUCGCAACCACAUCGCAGCCACCUACUCCUUCAAUGGAAUGGGGGCCUCCACAAAGAAGACAGAGUUCUUCUUUCUUUUCUAGUGUGAACACAGGCACUGUUCCAGCCAACGAGCUCGCCAGUAUGCACAUUGCUUCCGCAAUUCCUCAUCAAAUGGGCAGCGCUUUACAGCAGCACCCAAAUCUCCCUUACGGACUUGUGGGUCAAGGAUCCACCAGUACCGCUACCACUGCCACCGACUUGACCAUAGCACCUAAUUCGCAAAACCAGCAACCACCUCAAAGUCAGAUUAUCUCAGGAACUCAACAACAACAGGAAACCCAGGCAAAUAACGGCACGCCAAAAGCUUCCGCGCAAAGAUCAAGCACGUCGAAAAGUUCGCAGCCCAAUGUGAACGCGUCUCAGAAGACGCCGUCUUCCACUUCAAUUUCCUCCAGUGGAGGCAUUUCCCAGGUUGACCUGUCCUUGCUUGCCCGUGUUCCCCCCCCUGCGAACCCUGCUGAUCAAAACCCACCUUGUAACACCUUAUACGUCGGAAACUUACCACCAGACGCAACCGAGCAUGAACUCCGUCAAUUGUUCUCGACACAAAAGGGCUUUAGGAGACUUUCUUUCAGAAAUAAGAAUACCAACGGCAAUGGCCACGGUCCUAUGUGUUUCGUGGAAUUUGAGGAUGUUGCCCAUGCUACCCGCGCCUUAGCAGAGCUUUACGGAAGACAGCUUCCUCGCUCCGGAACCAGUCAUAACAACAAAGGCGGAAUUAGGUUAAGCUUUUCGAAAAACCCAUUGGGCGUCAGAGGGCCUAACAGCCGGAGAAGCGGAAACGGCGGCAGUGUUAGUAACGGCAACUACAGUUAUGCCACUGCUUUCAGCAAAUAA